AUGGCUGAUAUCGCAGUCGAUGCAAGGAGUUUUAGUUGGGCAGUGGACGGUGCCAUAGCGAGUGAGAGUGCGUCAGAUAUGGGAGAAUCUUGUGUCCGCAGUUUUUCUUCGGUAGUGGAUAGUGCCAUAAGGAGUAGUAGUGCUACUGAAGCGGAUUUUGAAACAUCUCCUAUUACUUGUUUUGCUUUUGCUUCUGCGGUGACCAAAAGAAUUGUUGCUGAACGACUAUCACAAGCAGUGUCGGAUGGGACAGGACAUGUUCAUACACGAUUAUUCACCCUGGCCGAGCUUAAAGCGGCCACCAACAAUUUCUCACUUCACAACAAGAUUUUUUGUGCUGGAAGCAUUAGUGUUGUGCACAGAGGCAAACUGUUUGAUGGUCGUGAGGUGGCUGUCAAAAGGGCUGAAACCAGUUCCAAGAAGAAGGAGUUUCAGGAGGUAUUCGGCUAUUUAUCGACCCUUUUGCCCUGCCUACGCCAUAAUCACUUGGUUGGGCUAGUUGGGUUCUGUAAAGAGAAAGAUAAAAGGUUCUCGGUGUAUGAGUACAUGAAGAAUGGGGCGUUAUAUGAUCAUUUGCACGACAAAAACAAUGUGGACAAGGAGAGCAGUGUGUUGAACUCUUGGAGAAUGAGGAUCAAGAUUGCAUUGGAUGCUUCCCGGGGAAUAGAACACCUACACAAAUAUGUUGUUCCAAGUAUUAUUCACAGAGAUAUCACUUCUUCGAACAUUCUUCUUGAUGAUAGUUGGACGGCAAAAGUAUCUGGGUUUGAAUCGUCGUGUUUCAUGAGUCCAGAACCUGAGCAUGUUUACACGGAUACAAGUGUGUUGAAAGCAAAGAGUGAUGUGUACGGGGUUGGAGUUGUGCUGCUUGAACUUUUAACAGGAAAGAAAACCACAUUAAAGUAUGGGAGAAAUAGGGGCGGGAGCAUGGUGAACGUUGCACGGCGUGCUAUUUUGGGUGGGAAAAUGGUGGAAAUUUUGGAUCCAAGGGUUGGAACUCCCAAUAUAAAUGAAGAAGCAGGACUGGAAUUAGUGGCCCAGACAGCGAUCAACUGUGUAAAUUUGAAAAGGAAAGAUAGGCCAACUAUGACUGAGGUUGUGACCAAUUUGGAGACAGCUUUAUCUAUUUGCGACACUGGCCAAUGA